AUGACCGACACUCCGGGGGACGACCGCACUCUCUAUGGCUCGCUCAGGACGGGGCACCAUGUCGACAUCGUCCAGGCAGAGGCCGAGUUCAACGAGCUCGCCAGGGCCUUGUCCAAGCGCUCGGGUUCCAACUCCCAGUCCGACAACGAGAAAGGCGAGAAAGAACACCGAGAUGUUGAGAAGGGUGCCGAUGUCUCCGGCGAAGAAACCUUUGACCUGCGCGCGUACCUGACCUCGAGCAAUGACGCUUCGCAGGCAGCAGGCAUUCAGCACAAGCACGUCGGUGUCACCUGGGAGCAACUCCAGGUCGACGUCUUCGGUGGCUUCGGCCAUAAGAUCCAAAUACCGACAUUUGGCGAGGAGAUCGUCAAGUUUUGGCUCACUCCGUAUUUUAUCCUUAAGCCUCUUGUUGCCAAACUGCUCCCGGCCAGUCACAAGCAGGUGCCAACGACGACGAUCAUUCACCCACAAUCCGGUCUGCUCAAGCCUGGUGAAAUGUGCCUCGUACUUGGGACCCCGGGUGCUGGCUGCACAACUUUCCUGAAGACAAUCGCCAACGAACGACGGGAAUACCACGGUGUAUACGGCGAUGUUCGUUACGCCGGCAUUGACGCGCACGAGAUGGCCAAGUCCUACAAGGGCGAAGUCGUCUACAACAUGGAAGACGACAUCCACAUUUCGACGCUGACUGUUUCACAAACCCUCAGCUUUGCUCUAUCACUGAAAACGCCCGGUCCCAAGGGCCGUCUGCCCGGCAUAUCGCGCAAGGAGUUCCAGAAUACAGUUCUGAAUACUCUCCUGCGCAUGCUCAACAUUUCACAUACGGCAAAUACCCUGGUCGGCGAUGAGUUCGUGCGCGGAGUUUCGGGUGGAGAGCGGAAGCGUGUGUCGAUCGCCGAGAUGAUGGCAACCCGCGCCCACGUUCUCUGUUUCGACAACUCCACGCGUGGUCUCGACGCCAGUACCGCGCUCGACUUUGUCAAGUCACUCCGUGUCAUGACCGACGUCCUCGGCCAGACCGUGUUCGUGACUCUGUACCAGGCAGGCGAGUCGAUCUACGAGCUCUUCGACAAGGUGCUCGUCCUCGACAAGGGCCGCCAAGUCUACUUCGGCCCGCCGUCGCAGGCUCGCGCCUACUUCGAGGGGCUCGGGUUCAAGCCGCUCCCGCGCCAGAGCACGCCCGACUACCUCACGGGGUGUACGGACCCGAACGAGCGGCAGUUCGCGCUGGGCCACUCGGAGGCGGACGUGCCCACCUCGCCCGAGCAGCUUGAGCAGGCGUUCCUGCAGUCGCCGUUCGCACAGGGGGUGCAGGACUCGCUCGCGAAGUACAAGCUCGUGAUGGAGCAGGACAAGGCGGAGCAGGAUGCGUUCCGCGCGGCCGUCGCCGCGGAGAAGAAGCGUGGCGUGUCGAAGAAGAGCCCGUACACCCAGGGCUUUCUCAACCAGGUCCGCGCGCUGUUCUUGCGCCAGUUCCAGAUGCGCCUCCAGGAUCGCUUCCAGAUCUAUACUAGCUUCACUUUGCAUACGGUUUUGGCGUUGGUGAUUGGCGGCGCGUACUUCAACCUAGAGCCCGACGCCGCGGGCGCGUUCACGAGAGGCGGUGUUCUCUUCAGUUCGCUGUUGACGGCCGCAUUGGACACCUUCGGAGAAAUGCCGGUGCAAAUGCUGGGCCGGCCGAUCAUCAAGAAACAGACAGGCUACAGCUUGUACCGACCGGCAGCGAUCGCCAUCGCGAACACUCUGGCGGACAUGCCGUUCUCCGCGCUGAGGGUGUUCAUCUACAACGUCAUCAUCUACUUCAUGGCGAACCUCAAGCGCUCUGCGGGCGGCUUCUUCACGUUCCACCUAUUCACGUACUUGACGUUCCUUACGAUGCAAGGCUUUUUCAGGACAUUCGGCUUCAUGUGCACGAACUUCGACUCGGCGUUCCGGCUCGCGACGUUCUUCCUGCCCAACAUGAUCAUGUACGCUGGCUACAUGAUUCCGGUCUCCCAGAUGAAGCGCUGGCUGUUUUGGAUAUACUACAUCAACCCAAUUUCAUAUGGCUGGGGUGGUAACAUGGAGAAUGAGUUCAUGCGGAUCGAUCUGGAAUGCGAUGGGAGCUACAUAACACCUCGCAAUCCACCAGGCAUCAAUAAGUAUCCAGAUGGUGUCGGCCCAAACCAGAUCUGUACGCUCUACGGCUCCAACCCUGGAGAGUCUGUCGUCUCUGGCGCCUCGUACUUGGACGACGGAUACAUGCUCAAUACGGCUGACCUCUGGAGGCGGAACUUCCUGGUGCUAGUCGGAUUCUUCUUGUUGUUCCAGCUCACGCAGGUCUUGCUUGUCGAGUUUUAUCCUGUGUACUUUGGCUCCGCCGGCGUGACGAUCUACUCGGAGAGUGCUGAAACGAAGGAACGGAACAAGGCUCUUCAGGAACGCAAGACACAGCGCGAGAAGCGGCGCAAGGAAAUUGGGCACGAGAAGCAGGACGCUGAGAACUCGGAGGAAAGUGAUCAGAAGCUCGAGUUCGAGAGCAAGACCUUCACGUGGGAGAACAUUAAUUACCACGUCCCGGUAGCGGGUGGAUCUCGGAGGCUGCUGCACGAUGUCUUUGGCUUCUGCAAGCCUGGUACAAUGACGGCUCUGAUGGGAUCUUCUGGUGCUGGCAAGACCACUUGCUUGGAUGUGCUAGCACAGCGCAAGAACAUCGGUAUCGUUUCCGGUGAAUUGUUGAUGGACGGCCGCCCUCUUGCCAGUGACUUCGCUCGCAAGACAGCUUACGCCGAGCAAAUGGAUGUGCAUGAAGGUACUGCUACCGUUCGUGAAGCCAUGCGGUUCUCCGCCUACCUGCGUCAGCCAUACCACAUCCCUAAGGAAGAGAAAGACGCCUACGUCGAGGAGAUGAUUGAGGUGCUUGAGCUCCAGGACCUUGCGGACGCUGUCGUGUUCAGUCUCGGCGUAGAAGCGCGCAAGCGUCUGACCAUCGGCGUCGAGCUUGCUAGCAAGCCCUCUCUGCUCUUCCUGGACGAGCCCACCUCGGGUCUCGACGGCCAGAGCGCAUGGAACCUCGUUCGUUUCCUCCGGAAACUCGCCGACAGCGGCCAGGCCAUCCUGUGCACGAUCCACCAGCCGUCCUCGAUGCUCAUCCAGACCUUUGACAAGCUCCUCCUCCUCGAGCGCGGCGGCGAGACGGUAUACUUCGGCGACAUCGGCCAGGACUCUGCCAUUCUUCGAGGCUACUUUGCCAAGCACGGCGCUGUAUGCCCGUCGAACGUCAACCCGGCGGAGUUCAUGUUGGACGCGAUAGGCGCGGGGUUGGCCCCGAGGAUCGGUGACCGUGACUGGAAGGACGUCUGGCAGGACUCGGAGGAGUGUGCGGAGAUGAGGCAGGAGAUCGGACGCAUCAAACAGGAGACUGCUGCGAAGCCUUUGGCUGAGAACGACAAACCUGCUAUGUAUGCGACGCCGUUCUGGUACCAACUGAGGGUCGUCGUGUCGCGCAACAACACAAUGCUCUGGCGCUCGCCCGACUACGUCUGGAGUCGCCUCUUCGUCCACGCCUUCAUCUCCCUGUUCGUCUCUCUGCCUUUCUUGCAGCUGGGCAAUGACGUGCGCGACCUGCAAUACCGAGUGUUUGGCAUUUUCUGGGUGACUAUCCUCCCCGCCGUCGUCAUGGGUCAGCUUGAGCCCAUGUGGAUCAUCAAUCGACGUAUCUUCAUCCGCGAGGCGUCCAGUCGCAUCUACUCGCCAUACGUCUUCGCUAUCGGCCAGCUCGUUGGAGAGAUGCCGUACUCCGUUCUGUGCGCCGUCGUCUACUGGGUCUUGAUGGUCUAUCCCAUGGGCUUCGGAAACGGUGCGGCGGGCGUUGGAGGUACUUUCUUCCAGCUGCUCCCGGUCCUGUUCACGGAGUUGUUCGGUGUGACCCUUGGCCAGUUCAUCGGUGCUAUCUCGCCCAGCAUGCAGAUCGCUCCCCUGUUCAACCCGUUCACCGUCGUCGUACUCGGCAUCUUCUGUGGUGUUCAGAUCCCGUACCCGACGAUGGAGAGCUUCUGGCGGACGUGGCUCUACCAGCUCGACCCGUACACUAGGCUACUCAGCUCCAUGCUCUCAGUAGAGUUGCACGGGCUCCAGAUCGAGUGCGCCGCGGCCGAAUUCACGGUCUUCAGCCCACCAGCUGGCCAGACAUGUCAGGCUUGGGCGGGUGAAUUCGUGGACUACUACGGGGGAUACCUGAAUAACCCGAAUGCGACGAGUGCAUGCCAAUAUUGCGAAUACUCGGUCGGUGACCAGUUCUUCACGCCGCUGAACAUUCUGUAUUCGAACCGGUGGAGAGACGUUUUCAUCUUGCUUGCCUACUCUGUCUUCAACAUUAUUGCCACUAUCAUUGCAUCGCGCUUCCUUCGCUAUGCAAAGCGGUAGUCGCAAUAGACAUUAUGAAACUCAUGGCACUUUACGCCUUUGAUGUCUUCGACACUAGACGGCUUCAUGCAGUCACAUUCGCACUCGCAUUUUGCUUUCGGUAACGCAUGCCACGCAUUCUUGUCUUCACGCACACGCACUAGAGUACAAUACGUCCAUCAUGUAGAAGGAGAAUACAGCACGUCAUUUACAAUGUAUACUCAUCUUUUGAAGUCGGCGAGGCGUGACAUCGCGGUUUUGUUGGUUGGGAGAGCUUACCUUGGUACAAAUGCUGUGACGGCUUCGUCGCUCAGGCCAUGCGUCUGACGUGCGACAGAGCUACAGCAACAGUGGAGUUGUAGACACUAAUGAUA